AUGGAUUUAAAACGUAAUUCUUUGAUUGCUCUGUAUUUGGAAGGAAAAUCGAAUAUCGAAAUUCGUCGUGCGCUGCCAAAUCUUAAACUAAAUGAGAAAUUUGUACAUCGCACUAUCAAACGAUAUUCUGAGACUGAUAGCAUUAAGAAACGCUAUGAUGGAGGACGGUGUUGUACUGCAACGGCACCAGCAGUCGUCGAAAAGGAACUCACAGCUUUGCAACGCAGUAAACGGUUAGAGCGAUCAAAAGAGCUGAUUCGCUUGCUCGACUCUGGCGAGCUUCCCAAUUUGGUGUUUUCGGAUGAGAAAACUUUCUGCGUUGAGCAGUUUCUUAACAAACAAAAUGACCGUGUAUGGUUGAAGAGACGGGUCAGCGACCAUGCGGACGAACUGCAAGUCACUCGACGUCAAGGAGCCGAUUAA